CAGGUUGGAGGUUAUGAGAGCGUUGAGGAUGAUUUUGCCGAUGUUGCCGGUGGCGCCGAUGAUAGCAAUGUUUGUGAGAGACAUGUUGGUAGAAGAUUGAUUGUUCUGUCCGAUCUGAUCUGAUGAUUCUACUCUGAACUCUGAACAAGCUUAUUUAUACCCAUCUCUCUGUAUCAAAUUUCAUCAUCACAUCUAUAAACCACCGCUUAGAAAUGCGGACCUCCCUCCGUCCUCCGCUCCAGCCAAUCAGCGCCCUCCGCCCCAAAUCGCAUCAUUCUCACUCCGUCAUCUUAUCACCAACAUACUACAUGUAUUAACAAUCAAAAAUGCCUCGCAUCACACCCGGCCGUUCGUGUCUCGAAUGUCAACGGAGAAAAAUCAAAUGUAACCGAGCUGCUCCGUGUGGGUAUUGCGUCAAAACGCGGAUUCGGUGCGUUUAUCCACCAGGGAGACCGGGGAUUGUGCCGACGAAUGGGGAUGGGGAUAGAAGUGUGAUUUCGCGGAUUGAGGCGAUUGAGAAGAGACUAGUUGGGUUUGAGAGGGGGUUGGAGGGGAUAAGGCGGUUGAUUGAGGAUGGACGGUCGGAUGGAGUGAGGUUUGAUGAGCCCGUAUCUGUAUCCCUGCAUCCGUCUCCUGUUGUGAUGUCGUUUCUAUGGCAGACGUAUCUUGAGACAGUUGAUCCUGUUUUGAAGAUAUUCCAUGUCCCGACUGUGCAGAGGCAGAUUACGGGUGUUAUGCGAGGGAAGAGUGUGGAUGGGCGGAUGGAAUGUUUGGUUUUUGCUAUCUAUUAUUCUGCUGUCGUUAGUCUAUCUGCAAAGGGGUGUCUAGAUGAAUUGGAAGAGGAAAGGUCGGUAUUGUUGAAAAGAUAUCGAACUGGAUUCGAAAAUGCUUUAUCCAAAGUCGAUCUUGCAGACAUGACAGUCUUACAGGCAUUCGUUCUCUACUUGAUCUGCGGCAGACGAGACGAACAUGGCCCUGAUGUUUCUGCUCGACUCAAAACUGCCAUCGACGCAGCAUUUAAAAUCAAUCUCCACCAUGAAGCGUCAAGAGUAUCCCCAUUUGAAGUUGAGAUGCGCCGUCGACUCUGGUGGCACAUUUAUAUUCUCGAUGUGCGUACAGCGGAAGAUACUGGAUCUGAGCCGUCGAUACUGGAAUCGUCAUUCGAUACUCUACUUCCUCUGAACAUCGACGACGGUAGCCUCCACCACGACAUGGGUGAGCCAGUAGGCAGAGUUGGAAAGACAGAAAUGCUGUUCACUCUGGCCAGGUUCAAAGUCAGCAGUUUUGCCCGUCAGGUGGUCUUUUCCGACCAAUUCUGUCGUGACAAUGGGUAUAUGGUUCUAUCUCCAGGGCAGAAGUGCAAUUCCAUCGAUGAGUUUCGACAACAGAUGGAAGACGGGUAUCUCCGUCACUGCGACAAAAAGAUCCCAUUCGACUUUAUCACCGUCGCUGCUACUCGUCUCAUUCUGGUGAAGUUGAAACUGACCGUCACCAAACAACGCACAUCCCAGAACAGUCUCUCUCAAGGAAACUUCCAGAAAGUCUGCGUGGAAGUACUGCAACACGCCCGGAAGCUGCGAUUAUACGAGAAAGGUCAGCGAUGGUUAUGGCUCUUCCAGACAUAUGUCGAAUGGGACGCAUUGGGGUAUCUGCUUAUCGAUCUCUGUGCUUUUCAAAAUGAAGCAGCAUGGUCUGUUGCCGACGAGGUAUAUCAGUACUGGAAGAAUCACGACAUUCGCGAUCAAAGAUGGGGGCAGAUUGAGGAGUUGUACUCACAGGCUGAUGGAUUCCGGGGGCUACGGCUGGAUAACAGUGCAGGCGUGAGUCCGUCCAGUCAUGACAAUUUUGAUCCCUCUGAGUCUAUGGGAGAAGCACCAGCCUCUGGAACUGCGUGUGAAUGGAGUGUUGGCAUGUUUGAGAGAUAUUUUCAAGUUUUGGACACGCAGACGACGUGGCUGUAAUAUAGACCGUCUGGGGUUUAGGAUGGCUACUUUGGGUCAGACCAGAUAGACCGAUAAGCGAUAAGCGAUAAGCCGAUAAGGAUAUACAAACACUCUUCAUUCACUUUCUG